UCGUGGGAGUUUCGUCUGCUGUACGACGGCGCGUGCCCGCUGUGCGUGCGCGAGGUGGAGAUGCUGCGCGCGAAAGACGGCGGGAAAGGGAACCUGGAUCUGGUGGACAUCGCGAGCGAUGAUUACGACGCGAAGGAGAACGCGGGGAUCGAGUACGCGGAGGCGAUGAAGACGAUUCACGGGCUGGACGCGGCGAAUAACGUGUACACGGGGGUGGAGGUGUUCGAAAAGGCGUACAAAGCGGUCGGAUUGGGGUACGUGUACGCGUUCACCAAGGUGCCGUUUUUGCUGAACGCGGCGAACAAGGUGUACGACGUGUGGGCAAAGUAUCGAUUGAACGUGACGUCGAGGGGGUCGCUCGCGGAACACCUGGCGGCGCGCAAGGCG